UAAAUGACGUUACCCCUCUUCCCUCUCCUCCUCUGUAUCUUACUAUCAAGUUCGUCCAGUAACUUGUAUACAGACCCUGAACAGGAGAGUUGCUCUGCACCCUCCCCUGGAGACUCAGGGACAGCGGAGACCUCUGGAGACUCAGCUGGGGACUGUGGGUGUGGUUCUCUGAAGCGAGAUACUAGUCAGACUAGUAGUAUUCCAGACCAAUACAGUGACGGUAAAGCAGCUAAAGUGUGGAGCUUGUACAUGGGGGGAGGCAACAAAAGAACAGCUGAGUACGGACCCUUACUGAUAGACCUCCUUCACAAACACAAUGUUAAAACAGUGCUGGACGCAGCUGCAGGGACUGGUGUGGACAGUAUCUUACUCCUCCAGUCUGGGUUUAAGGUUACAUCUGUUGAUCUCAGUGAGGAGAUGUUAGCUGAGGCUCGCAGAGAGCAGGAGAGGAGAGCUGAUGAGCCAGGGUUCAAGGAGUGGGAAAUAGGACGAGGUGAUUGGUUGGAUCUAGUGGAGAGCAGUGUUACUCACCCUCCUGGAGGGUACGAUGCUGUUAUCUGUAUUGGAAACUCUUUCGCUCACCUCCCUGAUCCUGCCGGAGACCAAGCUGACCACAAGCGAGCUAUAUCUAACUUUCACAAGCUGCUCCGACCUGGAGGUGUCCUUGUUACAGACCACCGGAACUAUGAUUAUAUCCUAGAACAUGGUACUAUACCUAACACUGCGUCCAGGCUGUACUAUCAGGGAGGUGACAGGAUCCACAAGAUAACCACUAAACUAGGCACUAAAGACGGGGUUUGUAAUCAGAUAACACUAGAGUAUGAGAUAGACAUUACCGGGUACUCUGAUGGGUCUGAUGAUGAGAUUAGGACCAAACAAGAUGGGACUCAGAUCCCCAUUAGCAGAUUCAGCUUAUCUUAUUAUCCUCAUAAGAAGGAACAGUUUGUUGCACUGCUGAAGAGCGUUUUUGGGGAUGAUGCCAGGCAUACUUUGUUACGUGAUUAUAAAACUGAUGUAGAAGACGAAUACAUUCCUAGCUACUUUAUUCAUGUUGUUGAAAAGAUAGGGGAGAAUACAAAGCCACUUGUAGAAGAUACAGAGAGUCAAUCAAGUACUGAUAAUAUGGUGCUCAUAUCAGGGGGAGUAUUCAAGAUGGGAACUGACUCACCUAUUCUAUACAUGGACGCAGAGAGCCCAGCUCGAAACGUCAACCUACCUGACUACUACAUAGACCAACACGAAGUAACCAACUUUCAAUUCUCCGAGUUUAUCAAACAAACGAAUCACGUGACAGACGCUCAGAGGUUCGGCGACUCGUUUGUUUUAGAGGGUUUGUUGAGUGCUGAGGAGGACGCUAAGGUACAGAACGUGGUACAAGCAGCACCCUGGUGGCUGCCAGUGCGGGGAGCCUCCUGGGACCAUCCUGAGGGGAUUGACACUGAUAUCACUGACAGGAUGCAUCACCCUGUAGUGCACGUGUCAUGGAAUGAUGCUAAAGCUUAUUGUUCCUGGGCAGGUAAGAGAUUACCAACGGAAGCAGAGUUUGAGAAAGCGUGUCAAGGAGGGAAGGAUGAUAGCUUGUAUCCGUGGGGAGAUGAUGAAACAGUUGGAGAAGCUCACCAAGCUAACAUCUGGCAGGGAAAGUUCCCAAAAGAGAACACACUAGAAGACGGCUACAAAACCACCGCCCCAGUGGGCUCCUACCCUGGUAACAACUACGAAGUGCACGAUCUGAUAGGGAAUGUGUGGGAGUGGGUAGAGGACUGGUGGACUACUCACCACUCCCCUGACGGUGCACCGCCUCCCACAGGGCAGGAGAAGGUUAAAAAAGGGGGCUCCUUCAUGUGCACUAAGCAGUAUUGUUAUAGAUACAGGUGCCCUGCCCGGACUAAAACAAGUGCUGAUACUACGGGUCUUAAUGUUGGGUUUAGGUGCGUGAAGUCAGUGUGAGCUGUACAUUGUGUGAGAUCAG